CCAAUAUGGCUGCCAAGUUUUGCGUAUUAAAAUCAGUGAUUGUUUUGUCAUGUAUCUUGAUUUACAUCAGCCUAAAAACGACGCAGAAGUGAGAAUCGUUUUAGUUUUGGGAUGAAAAUAAAAACACAUUUAUUUCGUAUAAAAUGAGUCAACUGACGGAGAACCUAGAACAUACAGAAGCGGAGAAGAAAUCUUUCCCUGCGAGAGUGAACGGGAAUAUUGAAUCCAACCCCAGAAAACACAACAAGUGCUUGGAGUGGGCAGGAAAUUCAUGUAGAAAAGCUCCAUAUGUUAAGUUCAUGUUAGAUGCCAUGAAGAAGAUGGGCUGCAAUGUUGAUAUUGGCAAGCAUAUAGUUUGUGAACCUUGUGGUGAGAAUGUUCUUGGAGGAUUUGACUUUCGCCGGAAACAGGUUGUAUUGUGUGAGAAUGUAAUCUAUUCUCAAUCUUGUAUGAACGAUGUAUUGACACAUGAGUUAAUACACGCCUAUGACUUUGCACGAGUCAAAUAUGAGGCAGAUAAUCUCAGGCAUUUGGCAUGCACAGAGAUACGAGCUGCAAAUCUUAGUGGUGACUGUUUCUUUUGGAAAGAAUUUUUUUCAAGAUUUAAUUUUGGGUGGAAAAGUCACCAAAAGGAAUGUGCGAAAAAUCGAGCUGUCAAAUCAAUCCUGUGCGUGAGUGAUGUCAGUAGAGAGAAAGCAGAAGAUAUUGUAUCGAGUGUUUUUGAAGAAUGCUAUAAAGACACUGAACCGUUUGACCGAAUACCGCCAUAAAGCUCGUUUUUCCACUUCGCGUUGCCGGCCGCGUCGCGUGCGGUUGGUGUAGACCUCGACCUCAGCCUCAUAUACCCAGGCGCUUUAUUGGAAACAUAAAAGCUGGCUUCAGCCACAUUCAACGUAAUAUAGAGAUCUGUGGCUAAGGUGUGCGGUCGACCUGAUUCUCAUCAGUCACCACCAGCGGUAGCCGGCUGUUAGCGCGUAAUCACUGGAAAACAAUGUGCUUUGUUAUUAUUUUGAAUAAAUUUUCUUCUUCAGCGGUCACUAGCGUCGAAUGUCGGUGGUUAGUGGGAAGCAGGCUUAAUAUUUCGGCAUGUAAUAGUGGUAACUCUGUAAAAUUGUAAAGUGACUAAAAUGUGGAAACAAUUCAUUCUAGGAGAAAUAAACAAAUUG